AUGAGUCGCAAAGAAGCUCUUUCAUCGUUUAUUCAACAAAUUCACGGUCGCCCUGUUGUAGUAAAAUUAAAUAGCGGCGUUGAUUAUAGAGGUGUUCUAGCCUGCCUUGACGGUUAUAUGAACAUAGCAUUGGAACAAACAGAAGAAUAUGUGAAUGGACAGCUCAAAAAUAAGUAUGGUGAUGCAUUUAUAAGAGGGAACAAUGUUUUAUACAUCAGUACGUCAAAACGGAGAAUGUAA